AUGCAGUGUUUUCUCCAUACAGUAAACCUCGUAGCGAAAUCGCUCAUUCGCGAGUUUGAUGUAACGAAGAAAGAGGCCGACAAAGCCUUGGAUGAGCCUGAGAAUAGUGGUGAUAGAGCAGAGCAGCUGGAGGUAUUGAGCAAGGGGAUUGAUGCAGAGGAAGCAGUGAUGAUAGCUGAAUAUGGUGUUGGGGAUAACAAUGGUAGGGAUAACGAUGACGGUUGGGUUGACAAAGUCGGAGAGCUUGAUCCUGAUGAACGACUCAUGCUGGAAAAGAGUAUUCUUCCUGUGAAGUUAGCCCUUGUGAAGCUCCGUAAACUGGCCUACAAAGUUAUACAUUCGACGACUAUAGUCCUCCCAGCAUGGCGUGAGAUUCUUGAAGACUUGCAGGCACCUGUUACUCUCAUGCCACAUGAUGUUUCAACCCGCUGGAACUCCACAUUCGAUAUGUUGGAAUAUGCGAUUGAGCAUCGGGAGGCCGUUGAUACUGUGACUCAACAUCGAGAUCUUGGUCUGCGGAAGUUUGAGCUGAAUGAUGAGGAGUGGGCAAUUGCCGAACAACUGAGGAGUGUUCUCAAGGUAAGCACCAGAAAGAUCCGCACAACACAUGGACUAACAAUUGUUUGGUCUAUGUGUCUAUGUAGAUUCUAA